GCCUCCAUCCCCGCAUAUAAUCAUAUGUAAUUCUCCAAAACUUUAAGAAAAGACGACAUUAUGAAUAAUAAUUUUCUGAACCUGUAUUCGAUAAUCUUCAACCAGUCUUAUCUGGAUACUGCUAACCUAUCCCUAGACCUGGUUCAGGGUAAGCAGGGGGAGGAGAAGGACGGGUUUGAUAUAAGUAUCCAGUAUCCUAUACUCUACCAUACUCAUAGAGGAGAGGAUGGAUCAACAGAGUAUAUUUACACCAAUCCAGAUGAUGAAUAUAACACUGCUUCAAGUAUUCUGGAAUACAAAACCUACUAGUUCUGAUCCAAAGAAAGAUCUUCCGCCAACAUAUUCACAGGUUGUUAAGACUAGACCUUCUCUUACUCUACUAGAUCAUCUCUCCCCUCCUCCAACCUAUAAACGAGCUCGAGAACUUUCAGAAUCAGAGAACAAGUUCCUUCCAACCUUCUCCAGUAGUUCAGAAGACAUGGAAAACCCCCCAACCUUUGCCAGUGGACCAGAAAACCUAGAGAAGGACAGGAUCGGUGGGAAGUGUGACCGGAGAAUGUCAAGACUUGUGUCGGAGACUUUAAACAUCCCAGAGACAGUUGAAGAAUAUGGAGCGGAGCAAUUAUUUAGGUGCAGAAAGGUGACACAGGAGGCCAUGUGUAUUUUACAUCUGGAGAAUGAAUCUACCAAUUCAAGAAUGCAUCUUGAGAAUGGAGCUUUUAGUUCUAAUAUACAUCUGGAGAAUGAUUCUGCACUAUCCCCGGAGAAUGAAUCCUCCAGUCCUAAAAUAUCCCAGGAGAAUGAAUCCUCCAGCACCAAACUAUCCCCGGAGAAUGAAUCCUCCCGUUCUAAAAUACCCCUGGAAAAUGAAUCCUCCAGUUUUAAAGUAUCCCUGGAGAAUGAAUCUUCCAGUUCUAAAAUACCCUUGGAGAAUGAAUCCCCCAGUUCUAAAAUACCCCUGGAGAAUGAAUUGAAAAGUAAGUCUCCUUUGAAUCCCCAAACCUGUAGCUGUAGAUUACAAACUCCUCAAAUACACAUGAAAUAAUAUUUA